AUGACCCCGGGGCUGCCCCUGCUGCUGCUGACGCUGGCACUGCGGGGGGGGGCGGGGACCCCGCCCGGGUCCCCCCCGGGUCCCCCCUGCGGGGCGGCGGCGCUGGUGGCCAUCCUGGGGCGCCUGCGGGAGCUGGAGGGACAAGUGCGGGCGCUGCAGGGACAGUGUGGGGACAGCCAGGGACCCCAGGCCGGCACCGAGAUCCCCUCGGUGACUCCGCGCUUGGCCACCCGCAACCAGACGUCCUUCCGUGUGACCUGGCCCCGCCCCCCCAUGCCGGUGGACGGCUACCAGGUGGCCCUCAUCCCCCUGGAUGAGCCAGCAGCAAUGACCACCCAUGAGCUACCCGGCUCCGCUGUCACCUUCGAGGUGACAGGGCUGGCACCCGGCCACACCUUCGAGCUCUUCAUCCAGGCCCAGCGAGAGCAGCACCUCGGGGCGCCCGGCACCCUGCGCGUCCGCACCCCGCUUGCCCAGACUCUGCCCACCCACGGGGGGUCCCCAGGGUCCCCUCAGGGUUCCCUGGGGUCCCCGGCAUCACCAGUGGCCCCAGCGUCACCAUCAACCCGAGGGUCUCCGGCAUCCCCAAGGUUUCCAGUGUCCCCAGUAUCUCGAGGGUCCCCAGGGUCCCCAGCAUCCCCGAGGUCCCCAGUGUCACCAGAGCCUCCGGCAUCCCCAGAAUCCCCGGGGUCACCAGUGUCCCCAAGGUCCCCAGAGGCACCAGCAUCCCCAGCGUCCCCAAGGUCACCUGCACCUCCACAGUCCCCAGCAUCACCACAGUCCCCUGUAUCACCUCCGUCUCCAUGGUCCCCAGUGUCCCCAGCAUCCCCACUGUCCCCCGUGCUCCCGGGUGGCCCAUCCCUGCAUGACCUGGGGGCCAAACUCUCCUCCUACAAUGGCUCCUUGCUGCAGCGCCUGGAGAGCCACCUCCGGGCUACAAACUUUCCCCUCCGGGGCAACCAAACGGUGCCGGCGGUGGCCCGUGCCAUCCUCUCUUACCUUCUGCGCCGCAGCCCAGCCCCAUUGCGUCGCCAGCUCCUCCGCCAGAUCCCCCACCCCAAGCCCCAGUUGAUGCCGGGGGCCGCUGGCGAGGCUCUGGUGGACCUGGAUGGGCUGCGGGGCCACGCGGAGACUGUGGUGAUCCGUUACCGGCUCCUGGAAGAGCCGGAGGGGGCCGAGGGGGAGCUACAGGUGCCAGGGGACACGGCGGUUGCCCGGGUGCCAGGGCUGGUGCCGGGGGCCAUGUACCGGGUGGAGGUGCACGGCGUGGUGCGGGGGCACGUCUCCAAGUCCUACACAUUCCUGGUGACGGCAGGGGUAGGUGGCACCGAUGAGCCCCCGCUGGACUGGGAGCACAUGUAUGAGAUGGAGCUGACUGAGCCCCAAGGUGCUGUAGCCAAAGCAGUGCCGGCCCCGCCAUCGGAGGAACCACCACUUCGGCCCCGCCUGGGCGGGCUCACGGUCUCCCAGGUCACCCCUCAUUCCAUCCAGCUGGAGUGGAGCGUCCUUGAGGGCACCUUUGACUCCUUCACGGUGCAGUACAGGGAUGCCCAAGGCCAACCUCAGGCACUUGCAGUUGAUGGUGGAUCCCGCACGGUGACCGUGCCGGGGCUGUCCCCGUCGCGGCGCUACAAGUUCAACCUGUACGGGGUGUGGGGUCGGAAACGGAUUGGUCUUAUCUCCACUGAUGCCCUCACAGCCCCGGCACCACCAAAGGAGGAACCGCCAUCGCAGCCAAUCCUGGGCGAGCUCACAGCCUCCCAGGUCACCUCUGACUCCGUGCAGCUGGAGUGGAGCGUCCCCGAGGGCACCUUUGACUCCUUCACGGUGCAGUACAGGGAUGCGCAAGGGCAGGCGCAGGUGUUGCCCGUGGCCAGUGGCUCGCGCACGGUGAGCGUGGUGGGGCUGUCCCCGUCGCGGCGCUACAAGUUCAACCUGUACGGGGUGUGGGGUCGGAAGCGCCUGGGCCCCGUCUCCACCGACGCUGUCACAGCCCCAGCCCCACAAGAGGAGGAACCACCAUCGCAGCCAAUCCUGGGCGAGCUCACAGCCUCCCAGGUCACCUCUGACUCUGUGCAGCUGGAGUGGAGCGUCCCCGAGGGCACCUUUGACUCCUUCACGGUGCAGUACAGGGAUGCGCAAGGGCAGGCGCAGGUGUUGCCCGUGGCCGGUGGCUCGCGCACGGUGAGCGUGGUGGGGCUGUCCCCGUCGCGGCACUACAAGUUCAACCUGUACGGGGUGUGGGGUCGGAAGCGCCUGGGCUCCAUCUCCACNNUCUCGACUGCAGCCCCAGCCCCACAAGAGGAGGAGCCACCACCCCAGCCGAUCCUGGGCGAGCUCACGGCCUCCCAGGUCACCUCUGACUCCGUGCAGCUGGAGUGGAGCGUCCCCGAGGGCACCUUUGACUCCUUCACGGUGCAGUACAGGGAUGCGCAAGGGCAGGCGCAGGUGUUGCCCGUGGCCGGUGGCUCGCGCACGGUGAGCGUGGUGGGGCUGUCCCCGUCGCGGCGCUACAAGUUCAACCUGUACGGGGUGUGGGGUCGGAAGCGCCUGGGCCCCGUCUCCACCGACGCUGUCACAGCCCCAGCCCCACAAGAGGAGGAGCCACCACCCCAGCCGAUCCUGGGCGAGCUCACGGCCUCCCACGCCCCCUCCGCCCCAGCCCCACAAGAGGAGGAGCCACCACCCCAGCCGAUCCUGGGCGAGCUCACGGCCUCCCAGGUCACCUCUGACUCCGUGCAGCUGGAGUGGAGCGUCCCCGAGGGCACCUUUGACUCCUUCACGGUGCAGUACAGGGAUGCGCAAGGGCAGGCGCAGGUGUUGCCCGUGGCCGGUGGCUCGCGCACGGUGAGCGUGGUGGGGCUGUCCCCGUCGCGGCGCUACAAGUUCAACCUGUACGGGGUGUGGGGUCGGAAGCGCCUGGGCCCCGUCUCCACCGACGCUGUCACAGGUGAGGGCGUCUGUGGGCUCCAUCCGUGUUCCCUUUGGGCGCUGGGUUUGGAUGAGGGCAGGCGCUGGGACAGGGCCCGUGCUGGUGCCUUGGGCCUUGUGGGAAAUGGGAAUAGGUGUUGGGUGCUGAGUGGGGCACGGCUGGAGUUCAACCUGUACGGGGUGUGGGGUCGGAAGCGCCUGGGCCCCGUCUCCACCGACGCUGUCACAGCCCCAGCCCCACAGGAGGAGGAGCCACCCUCCCAGCCCCGCCUGGGCGAGCUC